AUGGUGAAUCUUCCCUAUACCCCUGCCGAUUGGAGGCGGACGAUGGCAGAGAUCAAGAGGCAGCAUCAGAGCAAGAGAUAUCGCGCUUGCUCCGCACGGUGCACCGAGAUCCUGGACAACCUCAAGGAUCUGACUCGGAUCGAGCCUGCUCACCUCAUCUAUCUUCAUUUCUAUGCGGCUCACUCGAUGGAGAUGUGUGCUCGGGCGCUCUUCAACGCCUCGCCCUACAGAGCGCAGCUCCUGGAUCAAGCACGCACGCACUACGACCGUGCUGCCGCAUUGAUUGAGAAGGCAGAAGACUCCGUGACGGCCAAGACGCGCUCAAGCUCUAGGGCGUCCAGCAUCUCGAGCUGCCACUCUCCUUCCGGGUCUGUGAGCUCGCAGGCGUGGUCAGUAGACACUGGCAUCUCUUCCCCUGCUCGGUCUGUCUGCUCCUUCGAGGACCUCGCUUCCAAGUCCCAGCCCCAGACGCCAGUCUCGCCCGUCCGCCCGAUCAAGAAGAAGGUGUCCUUCUCGCUGCCCGAGCCAGAGAAGGAGGAGCCAGUGCCCGAGGCCCCCGUGGAGCCGUUCAUCCGUCCCGAUUCCCCUACGCUUGGAAUCGAGGACGAGUACCUGAUGUUUGCCUGCGGGCGCAAGGAGCUGCCCAAGCCACCAGAGCCGGCCGUCCAGGUCGUGCAGGAAGCCGAGGAGGAAGAAGAGGAGGAGACAACCCCGAGGGCGUCGGUCCUGCCGACGAACCCCUUCGACGACGCGCUCGACCAGUUCCACCAGUUCCGCGACUCGUUCGCCCUCCUGGGCUCGGUCAACCGCUACUGCGACCACCUGUCGACGCUCAAGUUCCAGCUGGCCUCGCACUCGUCCAACCUCAACACGCUCCUCGAGGACCCGCGCGCCGAGGACGAGCACCCGCCCCUCGCCGCCGCCGCCGGCACCAGCGCCAGCACCAGGGCCGCGACACCCGCCGGCGACGAGGCGCGCAGCCUCGACAAGCAGGCGCGCAUCGAGCGCCUGCGCAGGAACGGCUGGCAGCGGAAGCGCUUCGACCCGCGCCGGUACGAGCAGCUGUGCAACUCCGUCAUGGCCGAGAUGUCCUGA